AUGGGCCAUUCUAUCGAAGAUGAGCUUACACCAGAUAUCAUAGAGGCAGCCUUGCCUUAUUUGUCCAUAGAGGAUAUUAAAAACCUGUCUUUAACAAAUAAGUACUUUCACAAGUUACUUGAUUUCGAGAAAUCUGACACCUUAUGGCAUGAGCUUUUUCGUAAGUCGUUUGGAUCAAUGCACUCAGAUGCCGAGCCUUUAGAGUCCAAGGAAAACGCCCAGUACAUGAGCUGCUGCGAGGCUAUACUUAGAAACCGAUUUCCGGACGAAUCUUGGGGCCAACUGUACAGGAAAAGGGCUUUGAACGCUACAUUUCACACUUGGGGGUCUUUAAAACAUGCGAGACUGGGGUUUACAGCAGUUUCUCACGGGUCUUUGCCCAUAGAGGUCAUCAAUAACGCCGGAAUGAGGCUUCAGUUUGGCAUCAACGCCCCGGUCCCAGUCCCUUGGUAUUCAUCCGAAGAGGGUCAAUCUCAACCCUUCGACGACAAAAGUAUAGCGAGCGUUUCUGCAGGAGGCUUUUCAUUUCAAAUUUUAACAAAAUCUGGUAAGCUUUACAGCACCGGGUCUACUUAUUCAGGUGGCCAUCGAGGACCAGGGACCGUCGAAGGCGAACAUGAUUACAAUCCAUUUCAGGAACUUAUAGUGCGAACAGAACGAAGUCUUGCUUUGUUCAACGGAAGAACUCCGAGAGCCGGCGGUGUCGUGCCUAUAAAUACCACCAGCUCCAUGCCACUGGAGAGACCUCACGAAAAUAUCUACGCAAGACUAGAAGAUGUUGAGCAAGCCCUGGAUCAAAAAGUUUUGGGAAACAAACAUGUCAGAAGGCUUUUCGCGCGCGAUGUUCUUAACGUAGAUCCGCAGGUACCUCAUCAUGUGUCUGUUGAAAGCGAGGAGCUCGAUAAAAUAAAAUUCCAGGCUUUAUCCUCCGGGCGAUCACAUUUUUUAGCCUUGAGUACUGAAGGAGAACUUUACUCUUGGGAUGGUCCAGAUGUUGAGCAGGGGAUACGUAUCGUCUUAGAGAGAAUACCUGUGAAGACAAGCAAUCCAAUUGUGAAGAUAGGCUGUGGGUGGAAUUAUAAUUGUGUGUCCGUUUACAAAAUAGGUCUUGUAGUUUGGAGUAGCCGAAGCGCUACCAAAGAGAAUGAGCCAUUUGCGACGGCCAAUUACAAAAUAAUUCCAAACACAGGCGAAGUGAGUGGUGAUGACAAAGUAGUUGACUUUGCAUGCUGUGCUAACAUGUGCGUCUUUUUUAUCACAGCGAAUGGUGAUCAAUUGAAAUUGUACGCAAACGGCGAGAUGCAGAAUGUUGAUUUACCACUUGAUGGAAAGCUAGUCAAAAUAGUUGGGUGUUACACUAUGUUGGCGAUAUUCACAACGCGAAGCUGCUAUACCGUGAACGUAGUGGACGGGCAAAUCUUACCGCAAAGUCUCAUUAGACUAGAAUUAGAAGACAAUGAAGAUAUGUUCAUUUCACUAUCCACAGGCGACUACCACACAAUAGCGCUGACAUCAAAGGGUAAAAUGUAUACGUGGGGGCUAGAAAGUGAAUUAUGCGGAUGUUUAGGACUUGGAAACCGCGAAGAAAUUGUCAACGCAAGGCGCAUUGGUAGAAUCGAAAACUUACGAAGUACUAGAGUCAUUAAACCAUCUCUCGUGAAAUUGGCGAAUGCGGAUUAUGUUUGUCUGGCCGUAACAGCAGGAGGAUGGCAGACCGGAGCUUUAAUUUUGAGCUAG